CUAGUCAUUGCAUAUCAUGUGUUUCAAGUUGUGAAGUCAAUCGAUAUCAGGUGGUUGAAUUUGUUAAGUCAAUCGAUAUCGGGUGGUUGAGUUUGCCAAGGAUCCGGUUAAGUGAAAGGAGAUUUGUUCUCGGCCCAAAAUGAAUUAAAUGUUAUUGUUUUUGCAUAAAAUAAACUAAUUAAUCGCCAAAUCAACAAAUUCCACUGUCAAACGGACUAAGCUGAAACAAUCCAACAACUGCCAAAAACUAGAGCGUAUGUGAAGCAAAAGGCGUGUGUACGAUACACACCAAGCGAUAAGAAGAAAAACGGUUAACAGAAAGCUUUCAAGGAUAAGAAAGUUAAAAUAUAUUUUAAAAAAAGAAACAAAAAGAAAAACAACGAAACGCGUGUGCCGCAAAAAUUGGCGAAAAUCGCAACAAAAAAGUGUAUGUCAAAUAGGAAAAUGUGGCUCCGCCAGCGAUAACGGUACUCCAAUGCGCUCUCUCGCACGCACACAGACACACACCGCACACCACUACCACUGCCAAAUAGCGAGUCCUGACCAACAGCCGCACCUAUAAAAGUGGGCGUAGGUAGAGACAAGUUACUGUAACGAAUUGCCAAAUAGAGAUGUAUGCUAAUUGUUUAAACAAAUCCAACCUGGCUUAAUCUAAUACCCAAGCGAAUUCCGAUACACACCUAUACACACACACACACGCACACUCGUACCCACGCUGGAGGAGGAGAGGAAGGGAAACUAAACGAAAGGACAGGACAGGAUAGAAGGGCAAGAAGAAGAACGAAGCAGCAUCGGCGCGUUGGAGAAAUGUGCGGGAAGAGAAGAUUGAAAAUAAACGUGUAGUAGAGAAUUUUUGAAGCACUCACACGCACACCACCACCUCCCACACUCUUUCUCUCUCUGUCUCUCUGCUUAUCCCGUUUGCCGCCUACACACAUACACAUACAUCCCUACGUACGUACGCUCUCGUAUCGCGAAAAGCGUAAGCUUUGUUGUUGCUUCUCCCACUCCCUCUCUCAUUCCGAGGAGCUUCUGGUGUUGUUGUUGUGGUUGUUGCCGCUGAGCAAAUGGCAGACCCUCUAAGCGGGCGCCGCUGGUGAUAACAUGUCGUAAUGGCCAGAGAGGAGUCUCGCGGCAAGAGACCACUGAAAAUCUGGGACAGCUGGCGGAAUGUGCGCAAGGGCGUCGUAGUUGGGACCUUCGAGGAGCUCUUGGUCCGCGGCAAGGAUAAGCUGGGGGUUCCUGCUUCAGAACCGGUGCGCGUUGUUCUGGAGUGUGAUGGAACCCAAAUCGAGGAUGGCGAAUACUUUCGCACCCUGGCCAACAAUACGGUGCUGCUGCUGUUGAGGCAGGGCGAGCGCUGGUAUCCCACUGGCGUCGAUGUCAUAAAGGCUGCCAUAUCAGCUAUUCCGAAAAUCGUCUGUGAGACGAUCCAUGCGCUGGAGUUGCAUGAUGAGACACCGUCGUGGAAGAUCAUGGAUAACAAAGGGCGUGUCACGGUCGUCCUGCACUGGGAUCAGCGGCAGGGCGGAGGAAGCGGCGGUGGUGGGAGUGGUGGCGCCGGCGGCGGAGUGGGGAGCAUGUGCUCCGGCCUGGGCAGCAGCAAUGGCCUGCUGUCCUCCGACAAGUAUUCGCCCUCGAAGAAGGGCCUCUCCGCGCAGAGUUCGCUGGACAACAAGUCGGUGUCAUCGCAGUCCUCCCAGCCGCGCUAUGCCAGCCCCCAAAUAACGGUGAUCAGCGACGACGGACCGGCGAGCAUAUACCAUCCCGGUGGCGUUGUCCUGCCGCCAGGAGUUGUGAUACCCGGCGGCAGCAGGCGGCUCUCCAAGCAGGGCAGCUCCUUCGACAGCACCGUGGGCGUGGGCGUUGGAGCGGUCCAUGUGCAUACGCCGGAAUGCGCCCACCACGCCCACACGCCCAGCAGGGCGGGCAGUCCCAGCACCACGGAGUGCGACUUCCACUGCUGUGCCCUGCACGAGGAGGGGCGCAAGAUCGCCGUGCACAAGAGCGUGGCCACGUCGCCCAUCCAGGACGGUAGCAGCAGUCCCCAGCCGCAGUCGGCACCAUCGGUUAUGGAUCCUAUGCUCGGCGGCAGUGGCAGCAGCGGCGGCGGAAGCGGCAGCAUGCAGCGCCGUUCGUCGGGCGCCAAGGGACAUGUGCGAUUCCUGGACAUCGCCCCGGAGCGGGAUAGCUCCGAGAGCGAGACGGAGAACACGGUGAUGGAGGACGACAAGACGACGACGGAGAAGUUUCUGCUGCUGAUCGACCAGCUGUCGGUGGACCAGAAGCGCCACCUCAGCAUCAAGGACAUCGGCAUCAUACUGGAACGCCUCAACUCCAAGAUCCUCGACGUGGAGCGAUUGGAUCGCGAGUCCGAGUCGGACGAUUGCUACAACUGGACGAUAAAGGCGACAAUACGCGGCGAUGCGCUGCGCGAACUGGGCGUCAUUUACAAUGGCAACUACUAUGCCAUCUCCGAGCAUCCCGGCUACAAGGAGGAGCUGGAGGAGAACGGCGAGGAGGUCGAGGAGGAGGAGGAGGAGGAUGAGGAGGACAGAAUUUAGAGUGCCAAUGAUGGGCGGACGGGCAAACCCACAGGUUCACGAAUGUCCCACGUUGGGCGCCACGGAAGGUAUCAAUAAACUAGCGCAUUUUACAGAAACAAAAAACGAAAAAAAUUGAAAAAACCAAAAAUAGGAGUAGCCCAGCAGCUCAACACACACACGAACACACUCACACACACACCAACAUGCAUACAUAUAUACAUAUAUACUUAUAUAAAAUAAUUACGAGAAUAUAAUAAUGCAAGUCGCACAUUGUACAAUAGUGAAGUAAGCAUAAACGUGAAUUAUAAAAAAAGGCGUAAGCAAAGCAGCCACACACCCAGAAA